UAUGGAUAGUAAGUAAAAUAAAUAGAAGCCUCAUAAAACUAAGACUAUGUCAAAUAAGGAAAUAUAUAGAAUUUUAGCAUUUGAGUUUUAAUAAUAGGAUUCAUUAGGAAUUAAAAUUGAUUUAAUUGCAGAAAUGGUGAGUUCUUUAUUCUAUCCAAAUGAUUAAAAUGGAGAAGCUAAACAGAAUUUCAAAAAUUUGAUUACCUAAUCAUUUAAAAGUCAUUGUUAUAAGGAUGAGAUAAAUGAAGAAUCAUUUUGUAAUGCUAUGAAUUCAGUUGAAAAAUAUAUUAAUGAAGAAACUACAGAUAGAUUUCUAUAAAAGAUAUUUAAAAGACAUGAUUCUGAUAAAGAUGGCUUUUUGAAUCAAUAAGGUAUUAUGAUUUAAAAGUAUAUGUUAGAAUUUAUAUUUUUAAUGAAGAAUUAUAAAGAUAGUCAUUUAACUGAAGCAGAUAUGUUAGCUAUAUAUAAUAGAAUGUCAUAAGGUGAUCCUAAAGGAGUUAGUUAUGAUAAUUUCAAAAAAUAUUCAUUGUGA